UCAGUCUGGCCUUGAAACUGUGUCUUAAAGUGUGAUUUUCGUUUAGCCGCAGAAAAAAAGCAUUUAGUUUCACGAUAGCCAUUACGAAUAGUUCAAUAAUUGUACUGAAAAUCGCUUCUGAGGCAAAAGUUGUCUUCGUGAUGUCAUCAAUAGGUGUUUUUCACAGAAAUAUUUUUAAUUAUUUGGAAGAUAUGGAGUAGUAGCAGCAAUCUGAAAGAUGCAGAGCCCCUCCCUCCUUAGAGGCUUCAGAAGACUGCCCUCCCAAUAACCCCCCACCGUCAGCCGCUUGACCAGGAUCAGUGACCCCACGCCUGGAACCAUAUGGCCAAGCGAGGUCUUGAAGAGUUUCUUCAGUCUGGAGAAUUCAGAGAACCGUCUGACUGGUGAUUUAAGGUGGCAUGAUGAAAACCCAAUCCAAAAGCAGCCCAUUGGAAAUCCCUCGAAGAUGCUGUAAAUGGUGAUCAAGCUGAGUGCCUAAUGCAGAAGGAUUCUCCAUCCCAAUAUAAGAGGAAGCAGAGCUUCCGUAAAGGUUGCUGUCCCAGUUUUCUGCGUUUCCUGCAAAAUCAGCUUAAUUUUUAGCCAAAUUGUCAGCUAAAAUUUAAAACUUGGUUGUCACCAUACAAUGAGUAUCUUACUGAGGCUGCAGUUUUUUAUGGUGGUGGAACAACCUACAAGUCUGAGAAAGACGGGCUUUUUACUUGUAGCAAAUCAACACUCCAGAUAAGAAUUGGAUGAUGCUCGACUUAUAAAAGUCUCAUGCUACACUUAAAGGGAUGCCCUUUUUUACCAUAUACCUCCCCCACCUGUGAAAUUUUAUCAAUGAUUUUAUUUUUCCAAACAAGCUGUUCUCUUUUAGUACCUCUAAUUUUAGGCAGUGGCUUCUGAGAAAAGUAAUUCGGCAGUGAAGUUGCAAAGGAAGUCUUUUUUUAGUUUUUUUGGAUGACGCAAAUGAGCAGUUGUGUUGGAUUGCCAGUCAAUUGUCCAGCUGUGUGUCUAUCACCAUUUCCUGCGCUCACUUUUCACAACACUGCACAGGACUGGAAUUGUAAUCAGAAAGCAGUGUAAAAGGAGGCUACAGUUAUAAGUGAGUGGAACUAGUAACAAGCAACAAUGCAGUCAGAUGACCUCUUCAUCCGAAAGUUCCGCAGGCAAAGCCCACGGCCGCCCGUGGCAUCAGUCAGCUUCGACCCAAAGCGUGAGGGCGGGGUGCGAACACGGGUGGCAGAAUGGCCCCCAAGGAAGGACGAGGAGGCAACAGGGGGGGAGGGCCUGACGGCCAGCCGCACAGGCUUGAACCUGCGUGCCUUGGGCCGGAGCCACAUCAUGCAAAGGAGCAACAGUGAUGUGACACUGGGUGACCUGGACUCGACAAAGGGAUCUGGGAAAGCCACCAGGGCAGGUGGUGAUAAAGCCGGCACAGGAGAGACUGGAGCUCUGGGCGAUGCUGGGGCAGCACUACACAGGGAGUACGGGAGCCUCUCAUCCCUGGAGCGGCAGAUACGGCCACAUGCUGCGAGUGGCGAAGACCCAGGUGCGCUCAGUCCUUCGGCCUUGCGCUUUAAGGAUCCCUUCCUCCUACUCGGCCUACAGGAUUCAGCCCCUGACCCUGACGGUUUCUUCCGUGGACUGAGCGCACAUAGUGGCGAGUCAGCAAAGCCGGCCAAACCUCCAAAACCAGAAAUGCAGAGCAAGAAAAUCAAACCUGUUCCACCUCAGCUUCCUCAGCCUGGCCCUGGUGACAACCUGGGGGGUGGUGCCUGGGUCCGCAACUUUGCCCACUAUGAUGUGCAGAGCAUAUUGUUUGAUCUGGUUGAGGUGGCUUCCAGCCGCGACAGCAUUGGUCGCAAGAAGAACAUCACUUCAGGGGCUUCAGCAGCCUCUCAGCUCCGACCCCCUACAGCUGCUGCACUUCCUUCACCCUCACAAGGCGGAGGCAGUGGGGGUGGACCCGAGGACCCCGAGCAGUCACUGUUGCCACUGGAUGAGGGCGAUGGCAAUGGAAAUGACCUGUUGCUCAGCUGCCCUCACUUCCGAAAUGAGAUGGGUGGUGAGCAGAGGCCAGGCUUAGGUUGCACACGGGGUCCCGGUGGGAUGCGACUUAGCCUGCGGAUUCCCAAUGAUGCUGUGUCUGUGUUGGAGGAACCCAGGGAGAGCCAUGUUCAGCAGCAGGGCAAGAGCAACUACUUUAUUGAGCAUGCAGACCUGGGAGCCCACUACUAUCGCAAGUACUUCUACAUGAAAGACCACCAGAACUUCUUCGGUAUGGAUGAACGCCUCGGUCCUGUGGCCAUCAGCUUCCGGAGGGAGGAGAAGGAGGGCUCCAGUGGUGCCCAAUACAACUAUAGGAUCAUCUUCCGUACAACAGAGUUGAAGACCCUGAGGGGUUCCAUCUUGGAGGAGUCGGUGCCAUCAGCAGCCCGCCAUGCCACUCCCCGGGGCCUCUCCCCCAAGAGGCUGCUAGAGCACAUCAUCCCAGACCUGAACCUGCACUGUCUACGUCUGGCUUCCACCUCACCCAAGGUCCGGGACACCCUGCUGAAGCUGGAUGAACAGGGGCUCAACUUCCAGAGGAAGGUGGGUGUGAUGUACUGCCGGGCCAGCCAGAGCUCAGAGGAGGACAUGUACAACAAUGAAAGCGCAGGUCCUGCCUUCGAGGAGUUCCUCGACCUGCUGGGGGAACGUGUACGGCUGAGGGGCUUUGAGAAGUACCGGGCCCAGCUUGACACCAAAACGGACUCCACAGGCACCCAUUCCCUAUACACACGCUAUCAGGACUAUGAGAUUAUGUUCCAUGUUUCCACCAUGUUGCCCUACACUGCCAACAACACACAGCAGUUGCUGAGGAAGAGGCACAUUGGCAAUGACAUUGUGACCAUUGUCUUCCAAGAGCCAGGAGCCCUGCCUUUUACCCCCAAAGCCAUUCGCUCCCACUUUCAGCAUGUUUUCAUUGUGGUGCAGGUUCACUACCCUUGCACCGACCGCACCUACUACAGAGUGGCCGUGACACGUUCCAAGGACAUCCCGCUAUUUGGACCAUUGUUCCCAAAGGGGGCACAUUUCCCCCGCUCACCAGCCUUCCGGGACUUCCUGCUGGCCAAGGCCGUCAACGCAGAGAAUGCAGCGGAGAAGUCCGAGAAGUUCCGCUCCAUGGCCACCCGCACACGGCAGGAGUACCUGAAGGACUUGGCAGAGAAUUAUGUCACCACCACUCCAAUUGACUCAUCCACCAAGUUUCCUCUGCUUUCUCUGGGCAGCAAGCGCAAGGAUAAGCUUAAGGGGGCUAAGGGGGCAGAGCUACACAGUGCUGGGGCACUCGUGUGGGCAGUGACAGCGACGGAGAGCGGAGCUUCAGGGCACAGCUUGCCCUGCUUGUUGGGCGUGUCGGCCGAAUCGGUGGUACUGAUAGAACGAUGCAGCCGCAGAGUUGUGUUCAAUUGCUGCUGUCGAGAUGUGAUUGGCUGGAAAGCCGUGACGGAGGGUGGGCCGAAGGGCAUAGCAUGCCUGGACAUCUUCUAUGAGAGGGGGGACUCUGUGUCUGUCAGCGUGCCCGAAAACCAGGCGGAGGACAUCCGGGAGGUGGUGCAGAGGCUUGAGUUGGUGACCCGGGGCUGCGAGGCUAAGGAGGUGAGCCCUAUGCGUGACAGUGCUGGACAACCUGGCUUCUUGCUGAGCGAGGAGGGCUUUGUGACGGAGCUUCAGCGGUUUGGCUAUGCUGACAGUGGUGGGCUCCAGCUGGGGGCACGGGUGGUGCGGCUGUGCGGCCAGCCUCUGGUGUCCCUUGAUUUAGAGGCAAGGACGAACCUGCUGCGCUCUGCCCACAAAAUCCAGCUGACAGUGAUCCCCCCAGAUGAAAAUGGCAAACCCCGCAGGAGCUUUUCUGAGCUGUACCAAAAAGCCAUCCAGGAUGCAGAGCGCAAGGCAGGGGAGGAGCCAACUGGAGAGGCCUGGGUGUUGGAUGAGAAGGAGGGUGAAGAGGAGCAAGAAGAGGGAGAGCAAAUCAGAGCUGAGGACUCUGUGCCAGCCAAAGGUGGGGACAUCCAACAGUUAGAAGUCACAGAGAGCUCCCUUCUUUCCCCACCAAGUUUACCCCUCCUACGAGCAAGCUCCCUUCAGGACAGCACCCCAACUACAUCCACCGAAAUCAGCGUCUCCAUGCUGACACGCAGCUGCUCCCUUGAGAGGCCAAUGCCCUGCCAGGACUCCCCUGACAGACACCUAUACGAGGGUACUGGUGGGAUGGCCGACGACCAUGUCUGUGGGAAGGCAACAGAGCUACGCAAUGAUACGCCCGAUCUUAUCCUGGCAGCCAAGCCCAAGGUCCCUCCAGAUGGUGAGGAGCUACAGAAACAGUCUAUGGAGGUGCACAGUGGAGAGGGGAGCGAGGAUCAGCCUUCGGGAAGCAUUCCCUCCCAGCCUUCAGCACCACUCGGAGGUCCGGAGAGAGCUGACCACAACUCGCGUGCCCUCAGCCUCCACAACUCCAUCACCAAGAUCCUGUCAGAAACAAGCCAGUCUUCUGAGAAAGAGUGGCAGUCAAUUGCCGAUCUGGCAGCAGCCUGUCGAAGUAUCCUGGAGGCCCUGUCACGAGAUGACCGUAAAGCAGAUGGACCAAGUCCAAUGGACAGCUCCAGCGUUCCAGGACAGAUGGAAGCCAAGCUGAGGGAUAUCAGAGAAAGUGAUUCUCCUGGGCACCUGGAAGAGAAAGUUUCUCAGCUGGAAGCCAUGUUAAAGAGGCUUCAAGAUGACCUUCAGAAGGAAAAAGAGGACAAGGCGGUGCUGCAGGCAGAGGUGCAGAGCCUCCGGCAGAACAACCAGCGGCUGCAGGAGGAGUCCCAGAGCACGGUGGCCCGUCUCAUCAAGGUCACAGAGCUGCUGUGCAGCGUCAACAAGCCCUGCUAGUCCCUCCGGACCACCCCACCCCACCUUCCAUCGGCUGCUCCUCUGUCAGCCCCACAUGCAAACCCCCUGUCCACGUGUUCCUGAAGGCUGCUGUCCCCAUGCAAAAAUAUUCGUGUGGUCAGCACUGCGCUGGUCCACAUGGUAUGCAUGUCUACUCUCCUUCAGAAAUGGAUCGUCUCUGCUUCUGUAUUUUAGCUCCUCAUCCAUCCGCUGCCCAAGGUUGAGCACACACUGUUCCAUGCAGCUGCAUUGUUUGUGUGUUAUACUAUCAGCAAGUCGGACUCGAUAGCAACUGCAGAGUCUGGAGCUCUUAUUUAAAUGGUGAAAAACUGCAUUUAUUCAUGGGAAGCAAUAUGUUUGGUGGCCACUUUGAAAUGUACAUCAAAUUAAUUUAUAGUGUAUAGAUUUGUAAUAUCAGUUCCUACAGAUCCAACCCACACCCCAUAUCUCACUGUGCUAGCAAUAGAACCACAUCUGGACAUGAUUUCCUUGGUGACACCAUAUCAAGGGAAGCCCAUUCUGCUCUAUGCAAUCUGAGUUGAACAGGAUCUUUUGCUGACUUUAGGUAAAAGCUCUCUCCCAAGGCAAAUCAUAUUGGACAAACAAUGUAAUUACACUCAUUUGCGAUUGGUUGCUCUAGGCAUUCUUUGAGAUUUUCUCUGUUUGUCUUGUGCGCAUCUUUACAAAUGUGGGUAGUAGUCUGUCUUUGACACCAGGAGUGUGACAGCAUAUCUUAGCAUUUUUUAUGGUUCAGCAAAAAAAUUGACUGGAUCCCUCUUGGUUUGGGCUGCAUGCCCUGUGCUGUUUCCUUGGAAACAUUAUGACAUGCCUGUAUGUCAUGUACGUACAUGUAUUUGCUCACAGAUAUUGUUCUGUGUUCGCUUAGGUGUGCAAACAUUUCCCACAAAAGUGAAAAGGGGAAAAAGUCUUUUACAAUUAAUAAAGCUUAAGCAGUUUGUAGCAACAGUAAUAGGAAAAGCAGGCAACACAGUAGUAAAGUGGGUAGCGUUGGUGCCUAACAGAACCUGGGCUAUGUAUAAUAGACAUAAGUUCAGUGCCGAUAGGUCUGUGUCCCCAUGGUACUGUGGUUUUCCUCUGGGUGCCCUGCUUUUUUCCUCCACAGUUCAAAGACAUAUGCUUCACAUGGAUGGGGAACUCUUCAAAAAUUUGUACUGUGUGACUGUGUUUGUUUGUGGCUGUCCUGUGAUGGACUGCUGUCCUUUCUGGGAUGUACCCUACUGAGCCUAGCAUCCUAUGCUUCUCGGAUAGGCUCCGGGCCACCACAGCCCUCCCCUGAACAAGCCAUGAUCCCUAAUGAGUGUGUGAGUAAUAGAGAAAGUGCUCCUCCUGCUGGCUGGCAUUUCCACUUGUGUCACUAGCAGUGAUUUCUUAGCAUUAAAAAGUUCCAGGGCAUUCCAAAUCUCAUUAAUUUUAAUAAGCAGCAAAAUCUUCUCCUGAACAAUGAUGGUUAUUAAUUCAAAAUUUUUUGAUCGCUAUCAGAAUUUGAACUAGACAAAUAAUCACUCACUCACUUUCGCUACCCCUUUGUUCUGAUUACAGUGGUCCAGAGUCUAUCCUGCAGGUGCACCAUGGACAGGACACCAGUCCAUCACAGGCUAGCCACACAAGUAGACACAGGCAAUUUUUUAUGACCAAUUCAACUGAACUGCAUAUCUGUGGCCUAUGAGAGGUAACCAGAACACCCAGAGGAACCUCGAGUGCUGCCACAGGAGAACAAGUAAGCUCCACCACCAACUGAGUGAGAAAUGCGUCUGUUAAAUAAAUACACGUAAAUGUAAAUUUGAACCUGUGCUCGAAACAGCUCAGCCACUGUUGGGUGACAGCAGUACCCACUUCACUACUGUGCCACUGUAAUCAAAUAAUGCCAAUGAUUAUUUUAAAAAAAGUCACCCCACAUGAACAGAAUUCUUGAGGCUUAACAAUGAAAAGGAAAAGCUUACAAGAAUGUUGUGCCAGUUUUUACUCUGAUUCCACCGUCUUGCUAAUACUAACAAAGGGUUCUUUGCUAACUGUCCACAUUUUAAAAUCCAUGGAGGAUGAAUUCCAGGGGAAAUGGAAAAGAAGCAAUGCUCCUUCUCUUUGGAACAGAAAAUGAAGUGACUUUUACAGAACUAUUCAACAUUAUACAACUGAGCCAAAUGUUAAAACGAUGUUUGAUACCUCAUUUACUGAGAGUUCAGCAUAUGUAAAGGAAGAUAACCUACAUGUGUCCCAUGUGGUAGGGUUCUUAGCAGCUGGCUGAAAUGGAAAUUCAGCUUUAAGUGGAUGACUUUUAAUGCUGGCAGCCAGGCUCUUGCAUGCUGUAUGACCUCUGCUAACCAGCUUUUGGAAGUGCAGAAUUUUGGGAUGUUUUUUCCCCUCAGCAGUGCCAUCUCUGGAUAAGAGUGCAAACAGAAGAAUGGUGUGUCACUGAGCUGUGUAGAAGCUCACAUUUGUCUGUUUAUUUCUUCUGGGUCAAAAGACAAGUGAUUUCUCUGUUACCUCAGAGAGGGAACACUGAAAAGACGGGGCACCCACCAGAGCCCUUUCAUAGUCCCAGAAAACAAAACGGCAAGUUUGGUGACUAUACCCACAUCAUAAAUAGUAAACAGUCUGGCAGACUCCCAGACAUGUAUGUGUCUUUCUGUCAGCAAAUACAGUAUAAAGGCUGUUUUCAUGAUGUUAAUGAACCUAUAUGUUGUAAAUACUUAUGUUUUUUCUCCUCUGGUAAUUUUGAAUAUGAUUUUUUUUGAGUCACUGUGAUUACCUGGUACCAGCAGAUUACAAUAUAUGAAAUGA